AUGCCUCAACCAGCCAUAUAUUCUCAUAUCACGUCCUAUACAAGAAUCAACUUUGUGGCAUUCUUGGUUGCCUCAAUGGCCAAUAUUGCUGUUAUGGUGUUCCUCGGGGCCACACAGAGCUUCUUCAUGACCGAUGCUUUGGGAAUGGAGGAAAAAGUGGGAAGUUACUUGGGAAGACUGACCUUCUACGACCAGCUGGUGGUGAUCGCAUUGACACCUUUUGUUGGUGUGUGCUGCGAUAGGAUAGGCUCCAGGUAUCUAGAAGUGGCAGGCUUGGCCAUAAUGGGGACUGCUUUGUUGGGAACUGGGUUUUUCGCGAACUCCGUAUUUCCAGGAAUGCUUAUCUGGAGACUGCUUUUUGCGGUCGGAGCAACUGCUUCAAUGAGUGUUGUUAGCGUAAUGUUGAUUGAGUACAAUAACUCUGCCCUCGGACUUGGUAAGCUGGCACAGACCUCUAUCGAGACCUCUAUCGGACUGGCAGACCAAACACCCCCAGAAGAGAAUUUGGAAGAACAACCCACUGAUGAACCUCCUUCUCAGGCAACUUUUGGUGAGCUGAACGAGUUGAACAAAACACGCAGGGAAGGAAAACGGACCUCUGUGCUGGGCAUUGCCAGUGGUGUAGGUGCAGUCUUUGCGGUGUUGUUUCUUUUGACUUUGCCUGUUUAUUUUGGUCAGACUCAAUCAAAGAAAGAUGCCAUCAAGAGCUCCUACAAGGCUGUAGGGCUGGUUACGACUUUACUGGCACUGAUUCUAUUCAAAGGUCUUUACAAGCACGAGAACAUAUACUCGCCUGAGGAGGAACCCGACCAGCUUGGAGAGCUCAGAGCAAACCCCACCGAAACAGAAUCUGCUACCAAUGCUCUUAUGUAUGGAACUAAGAAGACCCACGAGACGUAUUUGCUCGCGGUGAAGCAUGGAUUCAAGCUCAGCUUGCAAAACCCAUUGCUAUUCCUGGCCUACUUUGCUGCUGUUAUGGGGAGAUGUACCACCAUAACAGUGACACUGUUCCUUCCUUUUUACAUCAAUAAGUAUUUCUACAGUUCGGGAAAGUGCUCUGUGGCAGACGCGGAGCAUUGUCGUGAAGCAUACAUUCUGUCAUCCAUAUUGUCUGGCCUAACUAACACUUGCGCCUUGAUCUUUGCGCCUAUAGUGGGAGUGCUGAUAGAUAGGUUUGGAAAUCAUGUGAACAAUCUACUUGUUGCAAAUGUGAUAGGAAUCAUCGCGUUUGCUGGUAUGGCAUUUAUCCGGACCCCAGAUCACAGUGUUUGCAUAUACAUUCUUGCGUGCCUCAUGGGCGUGGCUGAGAUCAGUUUUAUCAUAAUGUCCAUGACCAUGAUCUCCAACAUCAGUUCGCAGAAGAAGUUCUUCCAGAACAAAGGGUGCAUUCUUGGAGUGUCCACUCUGAUUGCGGAGAUUGGAGUGAUGACCACCACCAGAAUAGGAGGGCUGAUCGGCGACUCAUCUCCUUCAUUCCCCUUCAUGCUGAUUGGGAGUGCGGCAUUGACGUUUGUUGUUGCUCUGUUGGUGAUCAAGCGUACAACGCAGGACGUGACAUUGACGUAG